AUGGCGUCUAUGCUUUCAGUCAUAUCAGAUCAGGUUCAAGUUGUUGGUCCAGAUGGUCCUCUUGUUGUUGGAGCUGGUGAAGAUGUGAUUCUGCCCUGUUCUCUCAAACCCAACAUCAGUGCUGUGAACAUGAGAGUGGAGUGGUAUAGACUCCAUACAUCAGACCCACUGGUCCAUUUAUAUAAUAAUGGUGUUGACAGGAAUGAAGAUCAAAUUACGUCUUACAGAGGGAGGACAUCACUUUUUAGAGAGGAACUGCAGAAAGGCAACACUUCAUUAAAACUCUCCAGAGUGAAAGUUUCUGAUGAAGGACAAUACAAAUGUUUAAUCCAAUCUGAACGCUGGUAUGAUGAUGUUACUGUUCAAGUCAGUGUUGAAGCUAUAGGAACCUACCCAGUGAUCUCAGUGGAGGGCUACAGUAAUGAUGGGGGAUUCAGUCUACUGUGUGAAAUUAAAGGCUGGAACCCUGAACCUGAAGUUGUGUGGCUGGACAAUGAUGGAAACCUUCUCCCUGCUGAAGAUACAGAGACACUCAAAGACACAGAAAGAUUCCAUGUUAAAAAACGUGUCACUGUACAGGACAGUAACACCAACAGGUUCUACUGCAGAGCAAUACUGACAGAUCAUAUGAGGGAGACAGAGAUUGUUAUAUCAAAGCAUGUCGAGGAAAAAGAGAAACAGAUACGAGAGGUUGAUGUGACUCUGGAUCCUGAUACAGCAAAUCCUUACCUCAUCCUGUCUGAGGAUCGGAAAGAGGUGACACAUGGAAACAAACAACAGGAUCUCCCUGACAACCCAAAGAGAUUUGAUCAUUGGCUCAGUGUCCUGGGAAAGGAGGGGUUCUCCACAGGGAGAUCUUACUAUGAGGUACAGGUCAGUGGGAAGACUGACUGGACAGUAGGAGUAGCCAAAGAGUCAGUUAAGAGAAAGGGGAAUGCUCCACUGAACUCUGAGACUGGAAUCUGGUCUGUGAGUCUGUGGAACGGGAUUGAAUAUAAGGCUCGUACUGAUCCUCCCGUCCCCCUCUCUCUGAAACAGAAACUCCAGACGGUGGGGGUGUUUGUGGAUUAUGAGGAGGGUCUGAUCUCCUUUUAUAAAGCAGAGACUGGAUCUCAUAUCUAUUCUUUCACUGGUCUGUCUUUCACUGAGAAAAUCUAUCCAUAUUUCAACCCUUACUUUCAUAAUAAAAAUAUAAACUCAGCUCCACUGAUCAUCACUUCAGUCAGAGGCUUCACGCCCAUUCAAGCUGGGGGGGCAUAUGCCCCAACAGAUCCUUGA